GUUCUGCAGUUUCAAAUGGUUCGUAACUGAAUUCAGUUGAUUGUCUCUCAAAAUUUUUAUUAUUUUUCUCUUCUUUAAACGCUCAGGGGAAAAUUUUUUCAAUUGUUUAUUUACAUAUGUGAACUAUUUCGGCAGGAAAAAAAUUUUUUUGUUCAUCUAUUAGUGUAAUUAUUGCCAGAAAAAAAUGUUUCGUGAAUUAUUUGUGUUUUCUUUAGUGAUAACGUGACUUUCAGUGAGAAAAUUGAAAGAAAUUUUAUAAUGUGGAAUUUUUUUCCAGUUUGGAAAAAAUUAAAACAAAUAACAUUGAUUUUCUUUGAUAAUGUCUAGAGGACAAUUUUAAAUCCAUAGGAUGCACAUAAAUAUAUUCUGGCUUUUGAUAAUUUUAAUGAUGCUAGAAAGGACCACUCAGUAUCGUGAACAAUACAAGAGGAAAAGGCCUUAUAAAAUUGGACCACCACGAUAUAGUAGACCAAAACCAUAUUACAGACCUAGAUGGCAUCCAUCACCUCGUAAACGUUACAAACCUCCGGCUAGAUAUUCCUACUAUAAUACUCAUGGACCACAAUAUUCGAGUCUUCACAGAUCUCCAUCUUCAUAUUACAUGGAAAAUGAUUUUAUUGAUGAACAAAGUCAACAUCAACCGUAUGUUAUAGAAAUAGAAUUACCAAAAAAAUACGGUAAACAGAAUAAUAGAUAUUUGGAUCGUCAUUAUGAUCGUAAUGUAUUAUACGACGAAGAUUAUUCAGAAGAUGAUGAGGAUUAUGUGCCAAAAUUUGGACACAGACGAUUUAAAUUAAGAGGAAACAACAAGGGAACGAGUCCAAAAUUGAGAAUCAAAAUUUCCAGAGUCGAUCAUAAAGACGAAUCGGAGGAAUUAAAUUCCCAGGAGUUAAUGAAUUCUAUGUUAACACUUCAAGGAACUAGAGUUGCUCCCACCGAACAUGAAGUGUCUUCUGAAAUUGAUUGGUUCUCAUCUCAACAACCACAAAUUUUCCCAACUGUAGAAAACAAUUUAGCUACAUCACCAAUUUUUGAUUUUCGACAAACACACUUUGAAUAAUAUAUCCAAAUAUUCGAUUUUCAAAAAAAAUAUAAUAAUAUAUUUAUUUAAUUUAAAACUCUAAAUUUAAUUAAACUUAAAAAAAUCUAUUUAUUUAAUAGAAAAAAACUGUUUAAACGAUCAAAUCUAUUGAAA